UGGAUUAGAAAUGUCUUCAUUGUAACCAAUGGUCAGAUCCCCAAUUGGAUUAACUUAGAGAAUCACAGGGUUAGGAUCAUUACUCAUGAGGAGAUUUUUACCAACAAAAGCCAUUUGCCAUCAUUCAGUUCACCGGCCAUUGAAUCUCAUAUCCACCGAAUCCCAGGCCUUUCCAAGAAAUUUUUAUACUUAAACGAUGACAUACUGUUGAGUCAACCCGUAUAUCCGGAAGAUUUCUAUACAAAAAGCAAAGGAUAUAAAGUGUAUCUCUCGUGGCCCGUGCCUAACUGUGCUGAUGGCUGUCCUAUGAAUUGGCUUAAAGACGGCUACUGUGACCAACCGUGCAAUAAGUCUGAAUGUCUCUGGGAUGGCGGAGAUUGUCUCAAAAAUGACACUGAUAAAAGGGGAGGUGCGGUCACAUACACAGACUCGCCACACUAUUUAAGAUCAUCGACAGCCUAUUGCAGUGCAAACUGUGUGGAUAGUUGGCUGAGCGACCGAUUCUGUGAUCAGGUCUGCAAUAAUAUAAACUGCGGCUUUGAUUUGGGCGACUGUGGGACCAGACCGACCACUUAUUGA